AUGCGAUUAAAAACAUUGUUUCAAAAAACAAGUGUAGGUAAAAUUGGUUGGGACAUCGAGUUGAGUGGACAGGUUUUGGACGAGUGGCGAGUUACGUACAAUGAUUUUAAAAGCGUUUCACAUUUGAAUGUACCACGAUGUUACGAUGGCGAGAAUAUUGUUGAUGUACAAUUGCAUGGUUUUUCUGAUGCUUCUUUGAAAAGUUACGGUGCGUGUAUUUAUUUGAGGUUCAAACAUGCUGAUGGUAGUUUUUCUACGAAGUUAGUGACGUCUAAGUCGAAAAUCGCGCCAAUUAAACCGGUCACGAUACCUCGAUUGGAGCUGUAUGGUGCAGUGAUGUUAGCGAAGCUGGUGAAGUAUGUUCGUGAUGAGUUGAGUUUGGUUUAUGAUAUUUCUGUGACACGGUGUUGGAUUGAUUCGUCUAUUGUUCUGUAUUGGAUUAAAAAUGUUAAUAAGAGUUGGUUUCAUGUGGAGUCAAAGGCAAAUCCUGCAGAUAUUUUGUCGAGAGGUUGUUUGGUAUCUAAGUUGGUGAACAAUAACUUAUGGUUUUCAGGACCUGAUUUCUUGCGCGACACCAACAUCUCAGCCUCGAGUUUUAAUUUCAGUAAUUUCAAGGUUGAUGAUGCGACUUGUUUAAUUAUUGGUAACGACCAAUCAGAGGAGACCACCGAAGAAGAAGUUGAUUUAAAUUUUAUGAACAUUGCACGAUAUUCUAAUUACACACGUUUAUUGCAAGUUACCGCAGUGGUUUUACGAUUUGUUGGAAACCUCAGAAAAAAGCGUCGUAAAGAAGAAUUGGUUUUACAUACAUUUGUUACAAAGGACGAGCAAUUGCAUGCAGAAAAACUGUGGAUUAAAUAUGCGCAAAAAGAUAUAAUUCAACUUUCAAGUUACAAAAAGUUACAAAAAGAUUUACGAUUUCAAAAUAAUGAUGGUAUUAUUCGUUGUAAGGAACGCUUAGAAAACGCUCCUUUAGACUUUGAUACUAAGUUUCCAAUAUUUUUACCGAAAAACAAUCCUUUAACAAAGCUAGUCAUUUUGCAUUAUCAUGUUCAAAACUUAAUACCAAAUUACAUAAAGCGGUUAAUCCGACAGUGCUAUUUAUGUCGUUAUUACGAGGGGAAAUCUUAUGCGUAUCCUGUUUCACCAGCAUUACCGAAAUCACAACUAUCCAAUCAUCAUCCGUUUAAACAUACUGGUCUCGACUAUGCCGGACCUUUAUAUGUUCGAAAUGUUUAUCAUGGUGGAAGUAUGUAUAAAGCUUUGGUGUUCUUAUUUACUUGUACCAGUACCAGAGCUUUACAUUUGGAUUUAGUUCCCAAUGCUUCGUCUUCAGGUUGUAUUCGUAGUCUUCGCCGAUAUUUCAGUGAACGAGGUAUUCCCUCUGAAAUUAUUUCUGCUAAUGGUAGUCAAUUCAUUGCCGAAGAUACGCAACGAUUUUCGUCAAAUCGAGGAAUUAAAUGGCAUUUUAAUUUAGAAGCCGCUCCUUGGUGGGAAGGGAUGUUCGAAAGACUUGUAAGAUCCGUUAAACGUUGUUUAAAGAAGACUUUACACAAUACCAGAUUAUCGUACGAAGAACUACUGACUGUUCUAGCUGAAAUUCAAGCAGCUAUUAAGAACAGACCGCUGACAUUUUUGUAUGAAAACAUAGGUGAGCAACCAUUAACACCUAACCAUUUACAAUUUGGGAGAAAAAUUAAUUUGGAAGCCUCGCAUAUUGAUAGCGAUGAAAAUGAAAAAGAUUUGUGUCAACGUUAUGAUCAUUUGCAACGUAUCAUAAACCACUAUUGGAAUCGAUGGAAAUGCGAAUAUUUGACAGAGUUACGCGAAUAUCACAGAGAAGCAAAGCAACCGAGACAAAAUUGGAAAAUAGGAGUCGUUGAAGAGUUCGUACCAUCACGUGACGGCAAGAAACGGGGAGCUGUCGUUAGAUAUGUUCUCAAUGGCAACACACAUACAAUAAGAAGACCGAUAAACAAACUUUAUCCUGUUGAAUUAGCGAAAGACGAAGCUGAAAGGAAAGAAGAAUCACGUUUUAAAAUAAAGUUUUAUUUCUAUCCGAAUUUACCUGGAAAUUCAUAUGUUAUCUUGCAAUACUUCUUAACUGCAUUCGUAAUCUGGCGUGGAAACCUUACUGAAUUUUUAAUGACAAUAUAUGAAAAAAAGAAUAAUUAA